CCCAAUUACUGGAAUAUCAAUCCGCAUUCUAGUUUCUAUUUCACUUAACGUACAUCGAUCGUAAAAAAAUACUCAUCAUUAAUAGUACUGUCAAAGAAAAUACAAAUAUAUACAGGUAUACGUACUUAGGCCGGGACACUCGUUGGCGGGGGUAGAUUAGACUUCCGGGUUCAGAGGUCGUGCGUGAAACCUACCUAUGUGACAUUUCGCUGUAAUACCACAAUUACAUUUUUUAUUUCGCUUUAUUCACCUAAAUGUAAAAUAAAGAAAACCUUGCAACCAUACAGUAAUAUUGUAAAAAAUUCAAUAAAGUGGCUACGAAAUAAUUUAGUGGGCCCACUUACGUCAUUUAAGAGUCACCCUGUUUUUUUAUGAAUCAUUUCACUUAUUAAUGUUGAAAAUUGUAAUGUAGCUAAGAUCUUCAACGUGUAAUUACGUGUAUAAUUGUUUUAUAACCGUAUUACUACUUCUUAUGUCACUUUUAACUUUUUUUCCUCCACAAGAUAACCUUACAUAAAUACUCCCGUAAUUAUGUAAGGGAACUUACGCGGGCACGUGUGUGGGCAUUGACGCAUUUCGUCCACUGGGUGGGGGUAAAAAACAAGGCAGAGUGGAAGUAAGAAAGGGCAGAAGUGAGGAAACAAGGUAUGCAUGGAAGGAAAGCUGAAGGAUGGGGCAGAUCGGCGUCACAGUUUAUACGGCUCCAAAUAUGGCCCUGGUUCAAGUUAGGAGAGUUGCUCUGGAUGGCUAAAAUUUUACUGACGGGGACAUAAAUUGUUACGAGGUACUCCCAGUGGCCCCGUUCGCGCCAGAUGUUGCGCCAAAGUCCGCAAGCCCGUAAAAUAGUUUGACUACAGAUUUGCAAGCCUUUGCUUUGUGGCCUAAAGUGGAGCACAUGUAAGCAGGCUGCAAAUAUAAUACAAACAUUGCAGCACAUACGUGAUGCUUUAAGUGCAGUUUUACAACCCAACGCUCACCUGGGAGUCAACUAAUGAGUCAAGAGAACAAUAUAAACGUGUCUUUUUUUCGAUGUGCCACACUGGCAGUUAUGGAUGGGUGAAAAGUGUUUCGCAGUUGGGAGACGGUCGCGCAGUUUGCGCAUUUUGUGCACCCCGAAAUUGUGACACGUGUACGGCAUCGCUAUUUGUGCAGGUUGUUUUGCAGCUGUCAAUCAAGACGGACUCCUCCUCCUCGUUGUUCUCGAGGAGCCAAGCGCAAGCCCGCAGAGCGUCGAGGCGAAGGACGGAAGCAGGCAAAGUUUCCCGCCGGCCGAUGUCGCAGCAAACGCGGGCAAUGACGCGCGCGUCACCGUAAAGAGCCCAGCACGGAUGGGUUUUUGAAACGCGCGCUGGCACGCACGCACGCAGCAGUAUGCGGCGCCGCGAUGGCAGGCAACGCUAAGAGCACCGCGGCGAGGACACUGGAGGACUUAACGCUCGAUUCCGGUUAUGGUGGCGCGGCGGACUCGGUCCGGUCGUCCAGCGUGUCGCUGUGCUGCUCCGACCCGCCGCUGCAGUCGCUUUCGCACGGCGGCAACCGCUGGCAUCUGACGGGAUCCAUGCACAGCCGACAGAACAGCUUGGACACGGUCAACACCGUGCUGGCCGAGGACUCGGAGGCGCUGGAGUGCGCGGCCCAGCUGUGCGCCAAGCUGCCCGAGCCGGAGGAGGUGCCGUGGAGCCUGGCCGAGGUGGAGGGCGCGCUGCGGCGGGACGAGGAGCCGCCGCUGCCGCCGCCGUCCCCGGAGAUGGUGGCGCGGCUCUCGGUGCUCGUCGGCCGCGCGCUGGUGCGCCUGGCCCGGGAGGCGCAGCGGCUCAGCCUGCGCUACGCCAAGUGCACCAAGCUGGAGGUGCACACCGCCGUCAAGGUGGUGCUCUCCUGGACCAUCUCCGUCAACUGCAUCGCGGCCGCGCUCAGCGCCUUGUCCCUAUACACGAUGAGCGGCGCCGACAAGUUCGGCCGCGGCAAGUCCGCGCGCUGCGGCCUCGUCUUCUCCGUGGGCAAGUUCUUCAGGUGGAUGGUGGACAGCCGCGUGGCGCUGCGCGUUCACGAGCACGCCGCCAUCUACCUGACGGCGUGCGUGGAGAGCCUCUUCCGAGAAGUGCUCGGCCGCGUGGCGCGCGGCGCGCUGCUGCAGCGGGACGGCGGCGUCCCCGACCUCAGCCUGGAGGCUCUGGAGCAGGCCGUGAAUGCCGACUCGGAGCUCUGGGGGCUGCUGCAGCCGUGCCAGCACCUCGUCUGCGGGAAGAACUCCAGCGGUGUGCUGAGCCUACCCGAGAGUCUGAACCUCCACCGGGAUCAGCAGCGGCGCUCGAGCCGAGGCGAAGGUCACGGCUGCUGCGCUCCAGCCGAACUCCGCACGGUGGAACAGUCGCUCCUCGCCACGCGGGUGGGAAGCAUCGGCGAGCUGAGUGAUUUGGUGUCACGAGCCAUGCACCACCUGCAGCCUCUGCACGUGAAGAACGCCACCCACGGCGCCCCGCUCCACACGAGCACUGGCGGCGGCAGCGGCGGCUCGGGCGCGGCGGCCUGCGCCGGCGUCCAUUGGGAGCCCGAGGCACUACACACCUUGUGCUACUUCAUGCACUGCCCGCAGAUGGAGUGGGAGAACCCCAACGUGGAGCCUUCCAAGGUCACCCUGCACACCGAGAGGCCGUUCCUGGUGCUGCCGCCGCUGAUGGAGUGGAUUCGGGUGGCGGUGGCGCACGCCGAGCACCGGCGCAGCCCGGCGGUGGACAGCGACGACGUGCGGCAGGCCGCCCGACUCCUGCUGCCCGGCGUCGACUGCGAGCCCCGACAAAUCAGAGCGGAGGAUUGUUUCUGCGGCGCCCGCAAGCUGGACGCCGCCUCCGCCGAGGCCAAGUUCCUGCAGGACCUGGGCUUCCGAAUGCUCAACUGCGGACGCGCCGACCUCGUCAAGCAGGCCGUCAACCUGCUGGGACCCGACGGCGUCAACAGCGUCAGCGAGCAGGGAAUGACGCCCCUGAUGUACGCGUGCGUGCGCGGCGACGAAGCCACGGUCCAAAUGCUUCUGGACGCCGGCGCCGACAUCAACGGCGAAGUGCCCGCCACAGUGCGCAAGCAUCCGUCCGUUUACCCCGACGCACGCGGCGGGACGCCACUCACGUUCGCCGUCUUGCACGGACGCGCGCCCGUCGUGCAGUUGUUGCUGGACAACAGCGCCGGCGUGGAGGGGUCGCUGCAGGACGGGGCCGACAACUACACGGAGACGCCGCUCCAGCUGGCCUCCGCUGCAGGCAACUUUGAGCUGGUGAGUCUCCUCCUGGAGCGAGGCGCCGACCCCAUGAUCGGCACCGCGUGCCGCAAUGGCAUCUCGGCGGCGCCGCUUGGCGACAUGAACUCCUUCAGCCUGGCGGCGGCGCACGGACACAGGAACGUGUUCCGGAAGCUCGUGUCCCAGUCGGAGAAGGACAAGGGUGAUGUCCUUUCGCUGGAGGAGAUCUUGGCCGAGGGUUCGGCGCCAGGCCCGCAAAAGGCUUCGUCCCCGCAGGCCAACGGCGGCGGCGGCGGCGGCGGGACGCUACGAACAGGAAAGGCCAAGCUGCGCGCCCUGAAAGAGGCCAUGUACCAUAGCGCCGAGCACGGCCAUGUGGACAUCACCAUCGACAUCCGCAGCUUAGGCGUUCCGUGGACGCUGCACACGUGGCUGGAGUCGCUGCGGACGGGCUUCGCGCAGCAGCGUCGUCCGCUGAUCCAGGCUCUGCUCAAGGACUUCAGCUGCAUCCGUGAGGACGAGUACACCGAGGAGCUGCUCACGCACGGCCUGCCGCUCAUGUUCCGCAUCCUCGGAUCCUGCAAGAACGAGGUGAUCAGCCAGCAGCUGUCGAUGAUCUUCACGCAGUGCUACGGUCCGUUUCCCAUCCCCAAGCUCGCGGAGAUCAAGAAGAAGCAGGCUUCGCGUUUAGACCCGCACUUCCUCAACAACAAGGAGAUGUCGGACGUCACCUUCCUGGUGGAGGGCAAACCCUUUUAUGCACACAAAGUUCUGCUUUUCACCGCAUCGCCCAGGUUUAAGUCGCUGCUGCAAAACCGACCGGCGGCUGAGAACACCUGCAUCGAAAUCAGCCACGUCAAGUAUAACAUAUUCCACUUGGUCAUGCAGUAUCUCUACUGUGGAGGCACCGAGUUCUUGCACAUACGAAACACGGAAGUCAUGGAGCUCCUGUCCGCCUCCAAGUUCUUCCAACUAGAGGCCCUUCAGAGACACUGUGAGAUCAUCUGCUCCAAGAACAUCACCACAGAGACCUGCGUGGACCUCUACAAGCACGCCAAGUUCCUGGGCGCCUCGGAGCUGACGCGCUUCAUCGAGGGCUACUUCUUGAAGAACAUGGCGCUGCUGGUGGAGCUGGACGCCUUCAAGCAGCUUCUGUACGAGCCGUCACCGCCGGCCCCCACGUCCCCCUCGCCCGAUCCCGCCGUCCUCUGCUCGGACAUCCUGCACGACCUGGAGAAGACGCUGGCCUCCCGCGUCCACUCCAUCCACUUGUCCACCUCCAAAGGCUCGGUGGUGUGACGUGGCUUUUUGGGACCGCGAGGGAUAAGUAGCAAAGCCAGCAAAAGGAACCGCGUUACCAAAAUCCUCCCACCCGGAUUUUUUUGCAUGAGGCCCUUUUAUGCACGGCCUUCCCACCGAGGAAGUGCAGGACGCCAUUGAAAUAAUGCAAAGUGUAAAUAGAGCCACGUUUGUUCUCGUGUCCAACUCUGUCAUCUCGCCCUCGAACGUGCGCGUUGCACAUUUGUAGCCGGCCGCUCGCUGUCUUGCUUUUAGCGGCGCAUUUUCUCCUCCGUAAUAUUCCACUUGGUCGAAAUCGAGCAAAAGACCUGACGAGGGAUUGAAAGGUGUCGGGGAAUACGGGACUGACUGAUCAGCAGGUGUACCUAAUGAAGUGGCUCCAUAGGACAGUAAAACGUUUCACAAAUA